AUGCCUUCCUGGGAAAGAGAUCUGGGGAAGGCCUGUGUUGUGGACAGAGGAAGUCCAAAUGUAGAACGAAGUGAUCUCAGUCUGGAAGAGACUCAUGACGCCGUCUCCUCUUUCCCGGUUUCAGAGGUUCACGAUCCGCCGCCGAAAAACACUAGCAGAUGCAAUGUGCCCUCUGAGAGCAUGUACAAACACCUCUACUGGCGAAGUUUGAAGGAUGCCGACAACUUCUGGAAGGAGCGGGCAUUGGAGAAGCUUCGCUGGUUCCAGCCCUUCACGAAGACUCAGCACGGGUCGCUUAAAGAUGGAGACAUCUCGUGGUUUCUAAAUGGGAAACUGAAUGUCUGCGACAACUGCGUGGACAGGUGGGCGGAGCAGUACCCUCAGCGGGUUGCGCUGAUAUGUGAGGGUGACAACUCGGAUGAGAGUCAAGUGGUGACUUAUAGAGAAUUGCAAGAUCAAGUGUGUCGCUUCGCGAACCUCCUUAAGAGCCUUGACGUGCGCAAAGGCGACAUCGUCACCAUCUAUCUCCCGAUGAUCCCCGAGAUUGUCUAUGCGAUGUUGGCUUGUGCGAGAAUCGGCGCCGUCCACAGCGUCGUCUUCGCCGGAUUUUCAGCCAACAGUUUGGCGGAGCGUUUGGAAGAUGCAAACAGUCGCGUGUUGAUAACAGCGACCAACGGCUUGCGGGGAGGACGCGUGGUGCGUCUUAAGGCGGUGGUCGACGAGGCCUUGAAGUUGUGCUCUUGUGUGCAGCACGUCGUCUUGUUCAGGAAGUCUGCUGACCCCGCGAGUUUUGUCGACGGCCGCGACCUCUCUGGAGAUGAUUUGUUGCCACAGAUGAGGCCUUACUGCCCUUUGGAAACAAUGGACAGCGAAGACCUCCUCUUCAUCCUUUACACCUCUGGCUCAACAGGCAAACCCAAGGGCGUGUGCCACACUACUGCAGGGUAUUUGUUGUAUGCUGCUUUAACCCAUGAGUACAUCUUCGACUACCAUCCUGGCGAUACCUUCGGAUGUAUGGCCGACUGCGGCUGGAUCACCGGCCAUUCCUACACUGUCUACGGACCCCUCUGCAACGGCGCAUCCACAAUUCUCUUUCAGGGCACUCCCACAUACCCAAAUCCUGGGAGGUACUGGGAACUGGUGCAGAAGUGGAAAGUGACUCAACUGUACACAUCGCCUACGGCCAUCAGGGCGUUGAUGCAGCACGGGGACGAGUGGCCGAAGAAGUACGAUUUGAGCACUUUGCGCGUCAUUGGGUCUGUGGGGGAGCCGAUAAACCCAGAGGCGUGGCGGUGGUACUUUACCAAUGUGGGGCGGAGCCAGUGUUCAGUCGUCGACACAUAUUGGCAAACUGAGACCGGCGGCCACGUGUUGGCGCCUUUUCCAGGGGCGACAGUCACAAAGCCGGGGUGCGCGAUGGUGCCUUUCUUUGGAGUGGAACCAGCCAUUGUGGAUCCCCAGUCUGGGGAGGAAAAGACGGGAAACAAUGUCUGUGGCGUCCUCUGCAUCAAACGAUCGUGGCCCGGGAUGUGCCGAACGGUUCACCGAGCGCACAAGCGACUUCUGAACACCUAUUUGACUCCUUACCCCGGCUUUUACUUUACUGGUGAUGGCGCCUAUAGAGAUGCAGAUGGCCAUUACUGGAUCACCGGCCGCGUCGACGACACACUAAAUGUCUCAGGACACAGACUCAGCACUGCCGAGAUUGAACAUGCGUUGGUUCAACAUCCGAGUAUUGUUGAGGCAGCAGUUGUCGGCGUUCCGCACGAUGUAAAGGGCACUGCAGUGUUCUGCUUCGUAAUUUUGAAGGCCGAUGCUUCGGAGGAGGGUAUAGUGGAGCAGGCAAGGGCGCAAGUGAGGAAGGAGAUCGGCCCCAUUGCGACCCCCGACUUCAUCGUUGUGGCCCCAGGCCUCCCGAAGACGCAAAGCGGGAAGAUAAUGCGGCGUCUGCUGCGGAAGCUGUGCUGUCUAGACACCAACUUAGGGGAUACUACGUCCCUCUGCAACGCAGAGGUCAUUAACUCGCUGAGAGCUCUAGUGACGGAAACGGUUUUGGUGGAACGUAAAAAGCAAAUGGCAGCCCAGAACUCCAGAACUUCUGAUAAGCGCACGGAAAACAGCGCAAAAUAG